CCUCCCCACAAUUGGACCAAUCCCGGUACCUUUCCCCCCAUCUGCAAUUGAACGGCCUUUCGCCAGCAAAGACCGGACCAUGAUCGCUCUCCAGGAACCUUCAUGUAACGACAGUUAAGAAGAAAACGCGUGUUAGUUUGGCGGGAGAGAAGAAAGUUACCCGAACAGUAGUCAAGAUGGCUCUUCUGCAUUCAUCUCGCCUCUGUAAUCCCAUCCUCCGUCAUCACACCAUUCACGGAUCAUGGAGGUCGCGCUGGAAACAUGUCGAUACAGUACCCAUCACCUGGGCACGACACCAUACUUCCACCGUUUCCAACCUCCUACAAUCUCCAUAUCAAGCUGCGGUCUCACCUAUAACCAAGCACACGACAUACUUUGAGCGGCAAAGGCUUUCUCUGGUCCGAUCUAACACUCGAUAUUUGGCCAUAACGACAACAUCGCAGGAUACAACUUCUAAGGCGCCCCCGGAAUAUACUCCUCCUACAACCGGACUGCUCUCGUACCUCCCAAAACCCGUGGUCCCAUACGCCGAGCUCAUCAGAUUAGACAAACCCACCGGUACCUACUACCUCUUCUUUCCAUGUCUUUUCAGCACACUUUUGGCUGCGACAAUGGCGACACCAAUGGCAACGCCAGGCGCUGUUAUCGGCACCACGGCGUUGUUCUUCACGGGAGCUUUGGUCAUGCGAGGAGCUGGAUGUACCAUAAACGAUCUCUGGGAUCGCAACCUCGAUCCGCACGUUGCGCGCACCCGCCUGCGUCCCAUCGCCCGAAGAGCCGUCAGUCCUCAAGCCGCUAUUAUCUUCACUGGCGGCCAGCUUCUGACAGGUCUCGCUGUUCUCUUAUCGUUACCGUUCGAGUGCUUCUGGUACGCAACGCCAUCGCUCCUACUCGUUGCCACUUAUCCUCUGGCGAAGCGAGUCACCAACUAUCCUCAGUUCGUCCUAGGACUCACAUUUUCCUGGGGCGCAAUGAUGGGCUUUCCUGCGCUAGGCGUCGACCUUCUCACAAACCAAGCGGCCUUGACGGCAGCGGCCUGCCUCUAUUCGAGCAAUGUCGCCUGGACCGUCCUCUACGACAUGAUCUAUGCCCACAUGGACAUCAAGGACGAUGCGAAAGCGGGGAUCAAGAGCAUCGCCCUCAAACACGACAAGGAAACCAAAGCAGUCUUGACCGGCCUUGCGGUUGUCCAGAUUGGACUAUUAGCCGCCAGCGGUGUUGCUGCCGGAAUGGGCCCGGUGUUCUUCGUAGGGUCAUGCGGGAGCGCUGCCAUCACACUAGGCACCAUGAUAUGGAGAGUAAGACUGAAGGAAGUCAAAAACUGCUGGUGGUGGUUCAAGAACGGAGCCUGGUUCGCAGGAGGUGGGAUCGCGCUUGGCCUUGCCGGCGAGUAUUUCGCGCAGCUCUUUGGCUGGUACGGCGACGAUGAGAAGAGCGAAAACAUUGAGGUUGCAGGAACCGCUUAAUAGUCCGCUGAAAUAGUUGUUUCGGACGUUCGUCAACCUGCGAGCUGGACUUCAGAUACAGGCUCUGGUAGGUCCAGGCCCGGUCGCAUGUAUAUUAACUGUGCCUUGCAGACAACCCCUGUACUUCUACCUACUUUAAUAUCUCGAAAAUAUAUUGCGCGAAGCCGACUCAAAUGAUCUCAGUCCA